UGUAGACAACCGGAUUCAUAUCAGCGUUCAUCAGAUAUUUUACUGAUUUCCAGAAAGAUUUGUUAAAAUGUUUUACUACCCCACAGUUUUAAGGCGUCAUACUGGAUGUUUUUCUACAAUCUGGUUGGUUGCUACAAAGGGUAUAAAGGUUCCUCGCCGGGAAUUCCUCAAAGUGAACAUCAUACGCACCUGCGAGGACAUCAUGAACUACAUCCUGGCGCGAGUCCCACCACCUCUUCCAGAUCUGCCGCGACCUCGCUUCUCCCUCUACCUGUCCUCCCAGCUCCAGUAUGGCAUCAUUGUUGUCUACCACCGCCAGUGUGCUAUUCUCCUGGAGGAGCUUCAUACUAUCGUGGCCCAGCUUUUGAAACAGAGGACAUCCCAGAAAAUUGACAUGGACGAUCAGAGAAAAUUUCAGGUCUUUCCGGAUGCUCUGGCUGUUCUGGAGGAGACAGAAGGUGCUUCGGACCCUUUAUUCGGAGUGAUGUACAUGCAGGAUGCCCUACCUAGUCCCAGUGCACUGAUAAAGAGGCAUGAGGAGUAUGUGAAGAAAGCCUCUCCUGUGCGCCCUGGCCUGGCCAGCCCAGCUGCUGCAGCACCAGAAAGUGCCAUAACUGCGUCUCCAGAGACCAUCACCUUGAGGGAGCCAGAGCCUGCCACUAUCCCCACUGCAGAGUUUGAGGGUGUGGACCUUGUCGAAUCUCAUCCAGAUAUUUAUGACAUCCUCCUUGCUGAAGAAGAUGACUUUCCAGAGAAGGUAGAGAUACCAGGAGAAGAAGUGACACCAGCAGAGCAAAAGAGGGAGGUGGAAAGAGAAAGAAGAGAGGGAGACCUGGAGAUGGAGAGAAGAAAGGAGCUCACAGGAUCCACUCUUGAGGUACAGCCCGCCUCUCUCACCAGUGAAGAUGCAAUAUCGUUGCCCCAGGAAGAGCCCGCUGUGUCCGUGGAGAAGCCCGGAUCCCCCGCAGACCAGCUCACCCCAGUCUCUGUGCCCGCCCUCCCCUCCCCACCGUCUGCCGCAAAGGAACAUAGAAGACCAAGUCCAGAAUUAGAGGGUGUGCCUACUCCAGAGGAAAGGGAGAGGAAGAAGAGGAAGAAGAGGCAGCUGAUCUUCUUUGACCCGGAGACGCAGAUUCCACAAGACGUGCUGCAGCAGCAGAUCAGCAACCCUCUGACUUCGACCAGACGUCCAGCCUUCCCAGUGCUGUCAUCUCACAGGCAUCAGUCUGCUGCUGAUCUCCUCGACAAGCCCUGCACCUUUUUGCCUGAAAACAUACAGUUUCUGUGGAGACAGGCUGCGACCAUCACGCCGGUCUCUGGCUCGGACCUUCAGAUUGGGGAGCGAGGGCCUGAAUCCACCGACUCUGAAAAGGAAAGAGAGUGUGAGAUGGUGGAGGCGGCCGAGGCAGCUGAAAGAGAGCAAGAGAGAGUUGGGCGCAGCCUAGAGGAGGUCCCCAGAGAUUUGUCUGAAGCAGAAAUCUCUGAUAUUUCAGGCUUGGGUGCACUGCCAAUCGAGGGCGCUGAGCAAAAGGAGGUGACUCGAGAGAUCUCACCUGUGUACACACCUGACAUAGAAGGUGUUUCCAGGACUGUUUCUACACUGCCGGACAUCCCAGAGGCAGCGGACGAGUCUGUAGAGACAGCAGUAGAAGAGAUUCCUGGCCUGUUGCCGGAGUUGCCUGAGCAUGAAGGGGAAUCUGUGCUUUUUCAUUCUCUUCUGCCGCCAGAGGUCGACCGCAGAGCUGUCUCCAUCAUUUUUCAGAGGCUCCUGGAGAACCUAUCGGCCAAGAAGGUAUGUGCGGAGCAGGUCGAGCCUUAUGGAGACAUCUUGAUAUACCCUGGGCCCAGCUUCUAAGAUUUGGAUUUGAUUUUGUGACAAGUAUGUGGUUGUUCAUGUGUUCUGUUAUUUUAUGUGUUCAAAAUCCUGGACUCGAACGAUACAGACAAAAGAUUUCACAAGAUUUGUUGCUGGUGUAUCUUGUUGACUUGUUUCAAAUGAUUUUGAUUUUUUAACCAUUUUACCUGCUACUUUCAUGAAUCUAUGCAUUUUUCAUUGUUCCCUAUUGUUAAU